UGAUUGGCUGAUAUUUUCAAGUCGAGCUCCGAUUGGCCAGUGUAUUAUCCGGAAGUGCGUAGCUCAGCGCAGACACUUUGCACAGUAAGCGCGUGGAAGUUUGGCGUAAAUAAAAAGCUUUGUAGUGAAAUUGAAUUCUGCGUCUCUGAGUUAAGUGUUGGAAAGUUGCACAUCUGGACAGCGGUGCUGUGGACAUGCAGUGUGUGUUGGUGAACGCAGCCGGAACCCGGAUUGAGCUGGACGACGGUCGGGCCCUGAUUCUGGGUCGCGGUCCUGAGUCCGGAGUGACGGAUAAAAAGUGCUCCAGACACCAAGUCAAACUUGUAGCUGAUUAUGCUAACCAAGAGGUUCUUGUGACCCAGCUUGGUCCAAACCCAUCUUCUCUGGAUGGACAAGCUUUGGGUCGCGGCCAGUCCGGACAUCUCCGUGUAAACGCCACUCUUCACCUUGUAAACCAGUGUUACCCGUUCAUUGUGCAGUUUUUGGGCUCUUCAUCCUCUUCCUCUCCCGAAAAGAAGGGUACAGGAACAGAAAGCAAGCAGAAGACCUUGGAUAAAAGGGUGCAGCCCAAGCGGAACAUCCAGGAUUUCUUUGUUACUUCACCUAAAAAGUCAACAAAAAGAGCACUGGAUCCCGAAGACGAGGCGUCCGACGCGAAACGUGGACGCACUGAGAAAGCGGAUGGUGAAGGGGAUGAUGAUGAUGAGAACUUGCUGGAGGAGAAGCUCAGACAGCUCCAGCAGUUUGCACAAGGCAAAAGCACACAGCAGUCACCAGCAAGACCGUCAGCCACUGCACCGUCAGCUUGCUCGAACAGCCACUGGCAACAGAUCGGCAAUCUUCUGCUCUACACCGCAGCAGGAGUUACAGGAAGCUCCAAGAUAGCAGGGUUCGAUAUUGACGGCUGCAUUAUUACUACAAAGUCAGGGAAAGUCUUUCCCACCAGCCCAGAUGACUGGAAGAUCCUUUUUCCAGAGAUAAAGCCCAAACUGACUGUUUUGUUAAAGGAAGGAUUUAAGGUGGUGUUUUUUACCAAUCAAAUGGGUAUUGCUCGAGGCAAGCUCAGACCCGAAGUGUUCAAGUCUAAAGUAGAGGACAUUCUUCAGACAUUGAAACUGCCUGUGCAGGUUUUUGUGGCAGCAGGUCCCGGUAUAUACAGAAAGCCAGUCACAGGAAUGUGGGAACACUUGUGUGAGAAGGCAAACGAUGGAAUAGCUGUGGACAAAUCACAGUGCGUCUAUGUUGGAGAUGCAGCCGGACGUCCUGUAAACUGGGCUCCAGGGAAAAAGAAGAAGGACUUCUCUUGUAGUGACAGACUGUUUGCUCUAAACAUCGGUCUCGAGUUUCACACUCCAGAGGAAUUCUUCCUGGGAUGGAAAGCCGCUCCCUUCAACAUGCCGUCAUUCGAUCCGAGAGGAUUAGACCCAAAGGCAUGCCUGUAUGACCCACCUAAUGCUGCGCUCACUUCUACUAGCCAGGAGAUCAUUGUUGCUGUUGGAUUUCCUGGAUCUGGCAAAUCGACUUUCUUCCAAACCCACAUUAUUUCCAAGGGAUAUGUGUAUGUGAACAGGGACAUACUGGGGUCAUGGCAGAACUGCGUCUCAGCAUGUGAACGUGCCCUGAAAGAAGGGCGAAGUGUAGCAGUGGACAACACUAAUCCUGACCCUGAGUCUCGAAAGAGAUAUGUGGAUAUCAGUAAGAGUGCAGGAGUUUCCUGCCGAUGCUUUAACUUUACUACUUCGUUGGAACAAGCUAAGCACAAUAACAGGUUUCGAGAGAUGGUUCCUUCAUCCACCAAGCACGUUCAUGUCAAUGACAUGGUCUUUCACAGCUACAAGAAGAAAUUUGUGGCACCGACUCUAUCAGAGGGCUUCUCCGAAAUCCUGCAGAUCCACUUUGUUCCCAGUUUUACCGACAGUCGGUCCGAGGCACUUUUCAUGCAGUUCUCAGAAGGAUGAAAGCAGAAUUUCACAGAUGGACAUGAACAUGAAAGAAAAAAAAAAGUGCAAAGAUUUUACUAGCCUUAGUCUUUACUAAACUGUAAUACAAAUUAUAAGCGCUCAAGUUUUUUACCGAUGCGCAUCCGUCUCUACUGAUGUGCGUCUGUCUCUACCAACUCAAUUCAAUGUGUGUAUAUCUUUUUCUUUUGGAUCAAUAUACAUCAUGAAGGAA